AUGAACCCCGAAAUUGUUGUGAAUAACUCUCCGCCAUUAUUUGGAUCAAUUCUAACAGGUAUUACCCAAGAGGAUAUCGAUGAAAAACGCCGGGUCCCCGAACGUGAAAUGCUUGCAGCGAUGGAGCGCUUAGUAAGAACCGGCAGUGAUCUGAACAAACUUGAUAGCCAAGGAGCAGCCCCGUUGCAUAUAGCGGCGGCAUGUGGAUACCUGGAUGUAGUUGGAUUUCUACUUCAACACGGCGCGAACAUCGAUCUGCCUGAUCGUGACGGUUGGAUGGCCAUCCAUGUUGCUGCAUGUUGGGGACAGGUGCUAUUUAUUCUCUCCUCUUGA